AUCAGUUAUCACACAUUUAGCAAGUGACUACCAAAGUGAAAAUCUGGAAGAAAAACAGAAGUUGACGACCCAGGAAUACUCUCAGUAAAGAAGAGCAACCAAGAGUGAAUUGUGAUAAAGUGAAUUGAAUACAGCAAACAGUGGAAGUGUGUGAGCGCCGCAAGCAGUAAUCGGGAGCCUCUGAUAGACUGCAACCCACGCAGAUGAAAAAUUUGCCUCCUACACAAUAGCAAACGAAAAAGCUGGAAAACUGGACAAUUACUCCGCAAAAUUUAUGUGAUAAAUAGUUUAAAAAAAACUUCAUAGUGCACUUAACUCGAACAGUGAAUUAUUUUGAUAAACUUUUUAAAAUCCUGGACGAAUGUUUUGCUCAGUUUAAUAAAUAAAAAGUGCAAAAGUGAACAAUUUGAUUUUUUGGAUAUAGUUCAUUUUUAUAUCAGCAUCUGAGUUGGUCACACUAGAGAGCAGCAUCGCAUGUCUGCACAACCGGGCCUGGUUUAUUAGGCCGUGCUCUACUUUUCACGUAUCCGGUUCCAGAGGUUCACAAGCCACAAUCAUGUAUACCAUCCUGUUGCCAUUGUUUGGCCUAGUGACGCUCGGUAGUGCAGCAUUAACAUACCCGGUAUUCGGCACUAAAAGGUACACCAGGGCCAAUCUACUACCGGCCAGCGAGUAUGGAGGUUCUCGCUCGGUACCAGUUUACCCUCACGUCCCACAGUACUAUGACAGUCAACCACAGUACAUGACCAUGCCACUUUACUCGAUGAAUCCGUCUACAUCUUCGGACUACUACGACGAUAGUACUAGCUACAAUAGUAAUUAUUAUUAUGUUCCACCUGUACAUCGACGCCACCAACGCCAAGAGCGUUAUCCAUCGUAUGGACUUCCAACUUACCGCGGCGAGUAUAAACCGACUCCGUACUACUACGCGCACGCCCCAAGUUAUAGCUACUCGGAUGACCGAGAGUCCAACAAUCCGCUGGAUGACCUACAUGAAGAAAUGCUGCAGGAAGACGAACGAGAGCGAGCUAGAGACUACAUUCCUGUUGGCCAAGAACAAUGGUAUGAAAGUCCCUCCAGAAGCUCCUCCGACUCCGAUUUUCUUCGGAACCUGAUCAUGUACAACAAACAAAUGAACGCUUUACGCAACAACCAGCCGGACUCCCAAGAAGAGUACGAUGAAUACGAUAAUGUUGAACCUGAGUACUACGACACACCUUACGCUGACCAGCGCAACAGUUACAACACGUUCGUAAACCCCUACACUAGCAACACAAACAGCAACAGUCGCAGUACACUUAGCAAAAUCAACAGCCUACGAAACAGCAUGGCCAAAAAUGCCGUUGAAGACGACGAGGAAGUUCAAGAGUUAAAAUCUUUGAUUCACCAGCAAAAGAAUAGUCGAACCCCUCAGUUGCAGCAGCAGCAACUACUUCAGCCACAGAUAGCUCAACAACCGUUCGAAAUCCCAACCCCAGCGCCCAUUAAGGACAUCAAGCAACAACAGCAACGUUCACUCACAAACGACUAUCAGCAAUACGGAAGUACUGACAACUGGCAGCGGGAUAGCCCCUCCUACAGUAACUACGAGUACGAAAAUGACUACGAUGAUAGCUGGAGCCACUGGGACCGCAAGCGCAAUGUUCAGCCGAAAAAGGUUGCCAUCACACUGCCGUUCAGCAGCACAACUCCGGCGAUCACGACGACAACGACGACGACGACAACUACCAGCUCCCCGAAACCCCAGUCUGCCAUUGUGGACAAUGAGCACAGCGGCCAGAAAGAGAUAGCGAUACCACGGCCAGCUUCGCCUGCGCGGAACCCAUUCGCUAACCUUGGCGGUCUACCGAGAGCUCAACCGGCACAGGCUGUGGCGGUUAAUAUGGUUGCACAAGCGAAACCUGCCAGAGCCAAAUCGGGCAGCGUGUACGAUACGAUCAAGAAGAUCAUCAACAUGCAGCAGAAUCUCGAGGAUGCCGACUUGGCACAACAGCUAGACAGCCAGAAACAUCGGGAUCCGCGUGUGCAGAAACGAUUCGUCACCAACGAAGAAUCCCUGGUACAGCAGCUGGAUGGUCUCAAACGAACGGCGUAAAUAUACUAUUCCGAACCCCACUCUAACCCCAAAUGCACCCAAUCGCUUCCAAUCCAACUCCUAUAUUCCCAUAAACUUAAAAUUCCAUGUCAGCAAACCGGAUCCGCUUCGUCCUGCUAUACCGUUACCAUUUUUGCUGAUAAUACCGAUGUUUUAUGAAAAAAUCAACCAAAUUAAUGGAUAAUUUUUACUACGCGGACUAGGCAGUGCGCUAGAGGUGAAAUUUUUAAAAGGUAUCGCCAGCUAGCCAUCUGUGUAUUGCUGUGGUGUAACACACUGAGUAAAAUGAACACACCUUUCUACGGAAAAUCAAGAAUAACAAAACAGUUAUAAUAAACAACAACACUGAUACACAAAAACACUGAUUGAGACUGAACUUAUGUAAAUAUUAAUUAAAAACAGAAGUUAAACAAAAGUUAUAUAUUUACGAAGCAGGAGAACUGAAAACAAAAUCUUUGUGAAUUUUUCAACAUUUUGAGUCAACUUUUUCCGUUCGAUAGCAGAAAAGAAAAUAUUCUCUUCAUACUUGAACCUGAUUAAUGUACAUACAUAAAAUGACGCUUAUGGCAAAUUAUUUACUGCUUCGUUUAUUCCUGCCGUAAGUUUUCAUUUCAAAUAUCGACGCUCACUUUUGUCCCCUUUCAUACGAGUUGGACUAUUUUGAGAGAGUUCGGACAAAAUGUGACCGUCGUUUUGCGGAUUAUUCAACCACAAUAAAUAAUAGCGAUCAUGUCAAUUUGCAGCAGCAGAAAUACGAACUCAGCUUUUAAAACAUUUUGACGUUUUGAAUAUAUUGUCUACACUGCUAAUGGCGUAGAGUUGCUGCUGUCAUUGUUCGUCUCUAUUGCAAGGCGAACAAUGGUAGCAUCUGCCUCGCGAAGUAUAUUCGAGAACAGCUUAUCCACGUUCUGCGUAUACACUAAAUCACACUAAAUCAAUCACUUGCGAUUUUUUGACCAUUGAAAAAAAUAAUCAAGUUUACACUGGAAGAAAAAUAAAAAAAUAAAAUCAUGUUUAGAAGGGAAAAAUCAGACAGCGGAAAGAGACGACAAGACCCUUCCGAUGGCAGCUAGCGCCCCAAAUUACAGAUGAAUACCCAAAAAAAAACGAUUCAAAGGUCAAUCGCCCCCGGAUGGUUUCUCAGGUGGAUUUUUCUUUAGUAAAUAAAAAUCACGGAAACCCGAGAACCAGCCGGCAGUGAUGGCUAUAUCAGACACAGCGAACGGUACAUUUUUGCAGUUCCGGUAAUACAAUUAUUCACAAUAAAAAUAGCUAAGAAGAUAAACUAAAAAAACACAAACACACUUAGGCUAAAAGAACUGAUGUUUGGAGGAGAGGAAAAAAUAAACAUAGGAGAUCAUCUCCCGGUUACUAUCAGCACACCGGGGGUCACUUCAAUCUGUAAAUAUUACUAACAGAGCAGAUAGAACCGACCGAAUAGUGUUUCAUCUUUUCGUUAACCAAACCCGUGUCAAGCUUUUUUUUUCUAUUCCAUACUAUCAACAGCAAAAGCUCAAACCUAUUUCUUGAAACAUUUACCCUGAAGUGACGUGCACAUGUCAUUUUGAUCCAUGGCCGAUUUCUUUUUUCAUUGCACCCACGCGCACUGAUUAAUACAAGCACUAUUAUUUGUUUAGGUACCAAAUGAAAAUUCAAUGCUAGAUGGCAAUAUUUUUUUUCCGGCCGUUCCUCAGUGUAGGUGGAAGUAAAAUAAUCAUCUACCACCCACCUACAGUAAACAGCAUCGUCUGCGUAUCGUAGAAUGUUGAUUGCCUCACGGGCAAAGCUUUGUGUGGACGAGCUCAUAUAGCCCCUUAUAUUCAUAAACUCAUUCUUUUUGCAUUUUCAUAUGAGAGCAAGGACUGCAAGUAGCUGAAGUAGCACUAACUAUUUUAUAGGGACGGAAUUGGUAGAAAUGAACUACUGCACUAUUAUUCCCAAUAGCAAGUAGCAAUAUUUGUUGGUUUAUGGAUAUUUGUCUUUUUUACUGGUUUAGUUGACUGUUUCGUAGAAUUGUCACAAUGCUCCACAUCAUUUCUCAGAGAAACGACCAGUUCAAGCGAGAGCACAUAAAACCGGACACUCUCCCUAAAGAGAAACCAUACAAUGACCUGGCAGCGUAAUGAAAAAUGCAUAACUUCUAUUUUAGUGACGUCAAAGAACAAUGAACAGGCACCCCCCAAUGACAUGUCGGCAAUGUCGUCAUUCUGUUCCAUAUACAACUUCGAUUGCUGAAUAUUAGAACCGACUUUGGUGUUCGUUUAUGUACCCGCUCUUCCGAUCGCUACAAUUGAUAUGGCUGCUAAAGAGUUACUCUCAGCACUGAGACGAGGUCACAGCUUCCUUCCUUGCGUGGCAAUGGCGUGAUGUGUAGAGACAACGAUACAGAAAACAAGAAAAGCCAAACUUUACUCCUACACGCAAGCGAAGGAUCUGGAAUGGGGAAGAUAAACGAGGACAAAAUGUGGGUCCCAUUAUCCCAGAAAAACGAAUAUAUUGAUGAUGUUAUUCGGUAAACUUGAAAUCAUGCUUCAGAAGAUAGUGAAGAAAAAGAAUUUUGAUGGAAAAUAUUCUUGAAUUUACUCUUUCUAAUUACUAAGGCUGCGAAACUACAUGUCAAUUAUGAUAUGUUAUGUCAGUUGCUUAAUAAAUGAAUAUCCACCUUCAGAAUUAAAGUAUUUGUUCCCAAAUGCAUUGGAGUGAUUUUAGACGAAAAUUUUUUUUUCAAAGGAUUAUUGCAAAUACAUAUGGAAUAGAAAUUAAACAAAUGUUCAAUGAUUGUUUCAGAAACGAUUUUGAUUGCAAAUUACGACCUAUCACAUGCAACAUUAUCGCUAUCAAACAUUUUCAAACGAAUUUAUAGAAAACACGCUUGAACAACCAAAGGUCUCCAUUUUAUUGAAAAUGAUGGGGACGAUUGGUUGUUUUUCAUACGUAGACAGCGAUUAGUUCCCGUUGUCAACAAAUGCGAAGAAAUACCUUCUUUAGUAAAAUAAGCGUAAUAUAUAAAUUUAUAAUACCCAUUACUGUGAACAAAUCAUGUACCUAAAAGCAACACAGGUUAGUUUCGAGGUGUAAAUCCGAAACCACCGACUUAAUUCACACGCAUAUGAAGAUAAGUUGGAAAGCAUUCAAUAACUAAAACAAAACAACUAAACAGUGGUCGUAGAAAAUAUUUUACUAGCUAGGUAUAUACAAGAAAAUAUUUAAACCAUAUGUUUCCAGCGCUGUUGUCCCCGAAAAAGUAAAAGUAUAUGUCUUUACUGCUUGACCCAACCCCCGGCAAAGCUAUGUCCUUGUGACCUAUUUUCUGGUCCAUGAAACUGACCAGCCUCGAGUUUUUAUCUCAUCCUUCGGUGGCAAAAAAAAAACAGAAUGAGAGUACAAUCACUAAUCUGUAGCUCAAAUCGACUGAGGUCGAACUGCAGUGGAAUCGCUCCGCUCAACGGGAGUGAUAAUUAAAAGUGAAGCAUCAGGAAAAGUUUACGUUUAGCUACGAAACGGGAGCUUAUAUAGCUAGGGGAGCAGUUGAGCAAACGUGCUGCCAGAGAGACUUGCUGGCUUUUCGAUUCAAACGCGCCCAUCCGACACUCUUAGUGAAUGGUGGACUUCAUAAUAUCGAUCGAAUCGAAACCUUAUUAAGGACUCGAUAAAUAUAAAACAAACACGGUUUGAGCACGGCGCGGAAAUGGGAUUACUGUACGUUAUUCUGCAAGUGCCGAAAGCUGUACGAAACCCCAUUUGUCUCCGAACUUUUUGUUUUCCUUUUUAAUAAAGCCACCUGGUGUCUGUUCAAAUAUAUUACAUUUAACCUUUUCUUAAUUUGCGUGAUCACCACGGAAGAUGAGCAAAGAAAAGCUAAAACUAAUGAUACUAUCGAUAAGAUGUUGCAAAGAUGUCUGCUUGCUUGACAAAAGUUACAUAUUUCCGUUCCGCAAUUCGCCAGCAGGUUAAGUUUGCACCCACUAACUCUCCGUUAGGAAAUGAUGUCUAACCGAAUAUAGUUCAAUAGCGAUAUAAUCUCUGUUGAUUCAAGCAUAUAAAUGGUACAGCAAAGAUGUGAAACAAAAACCAAAUUUGACAAUAACUAACAUUUUAAAAAAGGUGUCUUUUUUAUUAGAAACGAAUGAUACUACAAUUUUUUUAGCGCAAAAGCAACCAAGUUGAAAGAAGACUAGACAUUUCUAGCCUUGAACGAGCUGUUUGUCAGUGUAUACCCUCUGUAUAGUUAGCUAAGCUCUCGUACACACAGACCAUGCACUGUCAAACUCUAGUUGAAUGUUGUAACAGAAACAGAAACAAACGAUUGUUGAAACUUUUUUAGUGUGGUUUUGUUAUAUUCUCAAUGGAGGAAAGAUACCGCAGAACAGUGUGCCAACUUUUCUAACUAAAGUGAUCAGUUUAAGUUUCAUGUUGAAGCCUAAGAUUUAAAUAUUUUUAUCUAUUCUUAGUAACUGCGUGAGAAAAAAAGUAAGAAAAUACAAUAAGCGAUAAGUGUUAAACUCUGUACAAACAAGUGGAAUGAUAGACAAUGAUGGUGUUUUAAGAAAACAGGGUUAAUCAAGAUUUUUCCUAUGUUGAACAAUUUAUUAUUCGAGACAUCGAGAUUGGAAUUUGGCUUUCAAUUUCAAAGUGGCGAGAACAUAUUGUCGGAUGCACAAACCAAAGAAGAAUUAAGUGUCGCGGAGUAGACUGUGAAUGUAUGAGCAAAUUGGAACCCAUUUUCCACUUUAGGAACCAUUUCAAAAAAAAAACAUGAAUAAAAAGCAAACAAUAAUAUGCAAUGCCGAUCACAGUUAUUUCAAUCUACAAAAGCAACAUCAGACAGUCUUAAAUGGUUUUGUUCAGAUGUACACAUCAACUGAUGAAAUAGAAGCAGCUGUGUAUGAUACAUAACACAUGUUACCAAACAGACAGUUAUCCCCCAUAUGUAAUCAGCCUAAGAAGAACGGAGUAGAAAAGUGGAAUUUGUGGCUUCUUCUAUAUACAUUAAAUAAUUGAAAAAACACACACAAAUGUACAUAUCCUCUCUAUAUAUUUAUACAUAAUCUAAAGAAAAGACAACUGCUUUGUACAUAUAAUAUUAAUUAUACUAUGAUCAUAAAAACAAUUGAGAAUAAAAAUACCAACAUGGGAAAAAAA